ACUGAUCCUUAGUAUAGCAUAAAAAGCAAGGAAAUUUGUGUUUGUUAUGUACACUAUUGGUCUUUAGAGGGUCAGAUGUGUUUCCUCUGAAGUGCAAAGCCUUUCCUAACAGCAGGAAGUACAAGUUUGCACCUUUUAACCAACACAUUUUCAGUUGAUGAUAAUGUUUAAAAUCUUUAUAAUCUUUACUGGUACAAAAAACACGGAUACAAAAAGGGCUUUCACUGAAAGAUACUGUAUUGGAUCUCAGUAUACCCCAGCCACAAGCUUUGUAUUAUUUUAAGCACAAAUCUGUACUUAUUUUUCAUAGUGUGAUACUGACCUCUAGCAGGACCUAUACUCACAGGGGGUACCAGAGGCUCAAAACAAGUGUUAAUAGCAAUAGCAAAAUAAGCUGUUUGGCAAUGGUAGGAACGAUUUGGCCAAAUAUUCAUGAGUGCUGUCCACAUACUCCCACUAAUGCAUGUUGCGUUCUUUUUUACUUUUUGUGCUGCAUUUAUUUAGUCCGAGUUGUGAUUAUGAACUAGUGAAUACAGACCUGUGGGAGAAUGGGAGAAUGGGUCUGGUCUGAACACUGGUGGGAAAUAAAAUAUAUUUUUGUGUUAUGUAGCGGCUCCGCCCAACGUGACGCGAGCACUCUCCACAAAUAGGGAGAACGCGCGCGUUCACAGUGCAGGACCAAACCUGAGAAACACUGAAAUACUUGAGUUUGUCCCUGUCUCUCCAGUUUAGCACAGUUAUUACAGUAAAACUAGCUAAACGCUUAUGUAUCCUAUUGUUUUUAAUAAGGGUAAAGCUGGGUAAAGGGUAAAAAGGCUGAUCUGCAGACUAAGAUUUUCCCUAGAUUACAGCAAAAUUAUCAGAUAGUUCAGUUUCUAUGUGCAGAUAUACCGCAGUUUGUUCUUGUGCUUUAUUGAUUUCUUUGUGAGUGCCGACCGAAAAGUAACGCACGUGAACCUGCAACGGGGCUGAGGAGGGCGCGAGGAUGGCUGCAGGCUGGUGUCUCGCGCUGCCCUGGCUGCUGAUGCUCGCGCUGACUCGUCCAGGUAGCUCGAGCUCCGCGCUGGGCUACUUCACCCUGCAGGACAAUGCUGGCUCUCUGUCUGGGCGAGUGGAGAGGCGGUAUGAUGAGGCAGACUAUGACAGCUUUAUUGGCCUGAUGGGCAGAAGGAACGCAGAUUUAAAUGAGGAGCCUCCAUUCAGAAGAGACAUGGAUGACAUCUUUGUUGGACUGUUAGGGCGAAGAAGCUCAGACCCUGGUACUCCUCCAUCAAGAGAACAGAGAAGAGGUGGCUUUUUCAUGAAGAACGGCAAGUUCAGAUUUCAACGUGCUGUGUGAAGCUUGGUCUCAUCUGCUGAAAAUAUAUAUGAAAUACAUAAUCAAAACUACAAAACUGGAAACCAGAACUACACGGGCCAGUCUGUUUAAUAUCUUGGUUAUUUUGUUUGUUGUAAUUAUUAACUUUAUUUUUACAUUCCUAAAAUUUUGUAUGUUGUUUAUAAUUGUCUACAAAUCCCUACCAAACUACUUGUUUGCCCUAGGUUAUGGUUACACAAGUGAUACAAAUCCAAAGUUUUAUUUAAUGUUUUCUCACCAAAUCUGAUUUUUGGGCAGCUUAUGCUAUCUGUAUUGUGACUGGUAUAUAGCAUUACUCUAAACUGCUCCUGCUCCUAAAUUGUCAUGCACACGAAAAAGAGUCUAAAUGUGGCAUUAACACUGGCAGUGUUAAUGAGGGGCGAUGUGCAUAAAUAUUUUUGUUUGCAUGCCUGCUGUUUUAAACAGAUUCAUUCUCAUUACAGACAGAUGCAGGUCGUUUUACAUUUUUAAAUAUGAACAAUCAAGGCCGUCAAAUCUGAUCUGAGCAAAAUUGGAAAAUCUGAAUUAAUUAAUUAAUUGAGGCUUGUAAUCUAAUUGUAGCCUUUGUUUGAACUUUUCUUAUUAAAAUAUAAUAAAACAAAGUAUGUAAUUUAUUUUAAUCUAAAUAGUUUUUUUUUCAACAUUUACCUUUACAUUUAUGUCAUUAUUAUUAUUAUUAAUUUACUCAAUAUCCAAAGCUAGUAUCUGCCAGAAAAAAAAAGUCACACAAAUAUCUGGCAAUUAAAAAAUCAGUUCGGUUCAUUAAACACCUCAAAAUAAUAUAUGAUAAUUGUUUGUACAUUGUUGCUACAGUAUGACUGAAAGAAAAGUCAAUGUCAAAAGUGGUUUACAGUAAAAUAAGUCUUUAUUCAGUAUGCUGGUCACUGUACCUCUCUGAUAUUCAUGUUUGUUUUCUUUCAUGAACUGUUCACACCAGGCAUUCCUCUUCAAAUAAAGACUGCUGUGAAAUGAC